CAGAGGAGCAAGAGGAUGAUUCUGGAUACUCUGGGCGUCGGCAUCCUGGGAACUAGCACAGAUGUGUUCCACAAAGCCAGCAAAUACAGUAAAAUCUACAGUUCCAACUUAUCCAGCACUGUCUGGGGCCGUCCUGACUUGAGACUUCCGCCAACAUAUGCUGCUUUUGUCAAUGGUGUAGCUAUUCAUUCCAUGGAUUUUGAUGACAUGUGGCACCCUGCCACCCAUCCUUCCGGAGCCAUCCUUCCUGUCCUCAUGUCUCUCUCAGAAGCGCUGCCUCCGAGCCCCAAAUUUUCUGGCCUGGAUCUGUUGCUGGCUUUCAACAUUGGGAUUGAAGUGCAAGGCCGAUUAAUGCAUUUCUCCAAGGAAGCCAGUGACAUUCCAAAGAGGUUCCAUCCACCAUCAGUGAUCGGAACUCUGGGGAGCGCUGCUGCGGCAUCCAAGUUCCUAGGACUGAGCAUGGCUAAAUGCCAGGAGGCCCUGGCGAUUGCCGUGUCUCACGCGGGGGCACCCAUGGCCAACGCUGCCACCCAGACCAAGCCUCUUCAUAUUGGCAACGCUGCCAGGCACGGGAUAGAAGCGGCUUUCCUGGCCAUGCUGGGACUCCACGGCAACAGGCGGAUCUUGGACCUGGAGACAGGGUUUGGGGCCUUUUACGCCAACUAUGCCCCCAAAGUCCUUCCAGACCUCGGUUCCCACACGUGGCUGCUGGACCAGCAAAAUGUGGCCUUCAAGCGUUUCCCGGCGCACCUGGGCACCCACUGGGUGGCCGAUGCAGCUGCAGCUGUGAAAAAGCAGCUCGUCAGCGCGCAGGUGCCGGUGGAGCGCAUCGAGAGAAUCGUGCUCAGAAUCCCAGACGUCCCCUACGUGAACAGGCCCUUCCCGGAGUCAGAGCAUGAAGCCCGUCACUCCUUCCAGUAUGUGCUCUGUGCCCUGCUCCUCGACGGGGACAUCGCUGUCCCGUCCUUUCACAAAGAUCAGGUCAACAGAGCACAGGUCAGAGAGCUGCUCGCGAAGGUGCGGCUGGAGCACCCGCCCGACAACCUUCCAAAUUUCAACACAAUGUACUGUGAAGUGAGUGUCACCCUUCAGGAUGGGCUCACCUUCACCGAGCGCUCCGAUACCUUCUACGGUCACUGGAGGAAGCCUCUGAGCUGGAAGGACCUGCAGGACAAGUUCCGAGCCAACGCCUCCCGGACGCUGCCUAGCGACAGUGUGGACAAGCUUAUUGAGAUGGUGGGAAACCUGGAGGAACUGGAAGACUGCUCUGUGUUAACCGCCCUUUUAAGAGGUCCCUCUCCAUCGGAGAUGGUCUCAGAAUCGAACAUCUGA